CGCUCUCCUCUGGUGAAACUUUCGACUUUGUUGAUAAUCAAUUCGUCCCCGCCCCGAGAUUUACUCGACACAUUGUCGAGUCUUAUCACUUUAUUUUUCGAAUAUUCGUUACAAACCCCGAAGAGGCUAUCAGCCCAGCUACAGCUAGAACAACAGUUUCAUGCAGUUACAAGGUUACCUAACUCGCUCACUCACCUCGCUCCUCGCCGUUCUCCUCGAGAACGAGUUCAUUCGUCAGAUAAAAUGGCGUUGAAUAUGUCGCACGCACCGGAAAAGGACGCCGACAAUGUCAUUUAUGGUAAAAAUGGCUCUGACGAAGAAAGCCAGACUCGUCGUGGUAGUCGCAUAGCGGAUGUCGAGAUUGAUCGCGCUACUAUCGGGAAGCAACUGGCCUUGGAGGCAGAGAGUGCCAUUAAAUAUCGGACGUGCAGCUGGCAGAAGACUGCCGCAUUACUCUUUUCGGAGUAUAUCUGUCUGGCUAUCAUGUCGUUCCCCUGGGCAUACUCCGUCUUGGGUCUGGUUCCUGGUCUGAUCCUAACGGUGUUUAUCGCUCUGGUCGUGCUGUAUACGUCGCUCACAAUCUGGAAAUUCUGUUUGCGUCAUCCCGAAAUUCGCGAUGUAUGCGACAUUGGCCAAUAUCUGUUCUGGGAUUCCAAGCUUGCCUGGUGGGCUACUGCUGUGAUGUUCUUGUUGAACAAUACUUUCAUUCAGGGGCUGCAUUGUCUGGUCGGCGCCAAGUAUCUCAACACCAUGACAGGACAUGCAACUUGCACAAUCACAUUCUCUGUUGUCGUCGCAAUCAUUUCCUUCUUCUUCUCGCUGCCCAGAACGUUCAGCGGCCUCUCCCACAUGGCCACAGCAUCUGCAUUUUUUACAUUCCUUUCAGUUCUGUUGGCCACCAUCUUCGCUGGCAUUGAAGAUCAUCCUGCCAGAUACAGCGAAGAACUAGGAAACCCCCUAGUGACGGCCUUUCCCGUCGCCGGUACGACAUUCGUCAAUGGCAUGAGUGCUUUCCUCAACAUCAGCUACACCUUCAUCGGCCAAAUCACACUGCCAAGUUUCAUCGCAGAAAUGAAGGAUCCCCAGGAGUUCUGGAAGUCUGUCACCGCCGUGACCAUAGCCGAGGUGCUUGUUUUCAGCAUCGUGGGAGCUGUCAUCUACGCUUAUACUGGAAACCAGUACAUGACAAGCCCCGCCUUUGGCUCCCUGGGAGACGAGACCUACAAAAAAGUCGCAUUUUCUUUCAUGAUCCCGACUCUUAUCUUCCUGGGCGUCCUCUACGCCUCUGUUUCUGCUCGUUUCGUCUUCUUGCGCUUCUUUGAUGGGACUCGCCACAAGUCGCAGCAUACCAUUGUCGGAUGGGCGUCAUGGGCUGGCAUUCUUGCUAUUCUCUGGAUUCUUGCCUUUAUUAUCGCCGAAGUCGUUCCUUUCUUCUCGGAUCUUGAGUCGAUCAUGAGUUCGCUCUUUGACUCAUUUUUCGGCUUCAUUUUCUGGGGCGUGGCGUACAUUCGAAUGCGAGCGGCCGACCACGGCCCCAACUUUUACAAAGUUCGUGGUCUUCGCGGCUGGAUUGGAUUCAUUGUGAAUCUUUUCCUCAUCGGUGUUGGUUUGUAUUUCUUGGGAGCGGGCACCUACGCAUCUGUCGAAAGUGUCAUCCUAAGUUAUCACGAAGGCGGAUUUGGAGGACCAUUCUCUUGCGCCGACAAUGGCCUUUAGUCAAGAUGGUUGUCUUCUGGAAGAUUGCUUCAGUCAUUCAUUUUUAGGAUUGGCUCUUGUUGAUCCUCUACUACAGCUUGCAGUUUGAUUAGGAUCUCUAAUAGAACACUAACGCCUUACCUUCUUUUUAUAUUCUUAACUUGCUGUUUCGCUAUUAUUUAAUCGAAUAACAGUCAUGGCAUUUUU